CGGGGGCAGCGGAGGGGACCAGGUGCUCCCGGGGGAGAGCGGGAUAGGUGAGGCUUCCCGGGACAGGGGUACUUGGGGCCAGCAGGAGCUGCUGGAGGCCAGAUGCAGCCACGAGGCGCAGCUCAAGGGGAGCAGAGGCUUAGGGAGAAGAUGGAGCAUCCCGGUGCACCCUCCAGUUAAGGAGGAGCCCCAGCAUGGCACGGAGGCCGCACACCUGUCAUUCCAAGACGCUGAGGCAGGAGAAUCCCCGGUGGUCUCCCGAACUUGCGUUUUGACAAGAUGUUGGGGUUUUUGAAGCGCCCCAUAGUGGUGACCGCUGAAGUCAACUUGAAUAUGGUGUCUCUGACAGUUGCCAGCCUGCUGAGCCGACUGUGGUGUCUCUCCUACCCUCGAGCUGUAGUCUUUGACGAAGUCUACUAUGGGCCGUUCAUUUCCUUUUACAUGAACCGGGUCUUCUUCCUGGAUGACAGUGGGCCACCGCUGGGCCACAUGCUGCUCGCUCUGGGCGGUUAUUUAGGAGGAUUUGAUGGUAACUUUUUGUGGAACAGAAUCGGAGCAGAAUACACCAAAAACGUGCCCGUGUGGGCCCUGCGCCUGCUGCCAGCGCUUGCAGGGGCCCUGUCGGUGCCCAUGGGCUACCAGAUCGUGUCAGAGCUGCGCUUCUCUCACUGUGCAGCCAUAGGCGCAGCCCUGCUCCUGCUGAUCGAGAACGCACUGAUCACCCAGUCCAGGCUCAUGCAGCUGGAGUCACUGUUAAUAUUUUUCAACUUCCUGGCUGUGCUGUCCUAUCUGAAGUUCUUCAACGUCCAGAAGCACAGCCCUUUUUCUCCGCGCUGGUGGUUCUGGCUGAUGCUGACAGGGGUCGCCUGUGCCUGUGCCGUGGGCACCAGAUACAUGGGCAUCUUCACUUACUUGCUUGUGCUGUGCGUCGCGGCCAUCCACGCGUGGCACCUGAUCGGAGACCAGACCCUGUCAAAUGGAGCGGCGGUCACCUGUGCGCCUGUCCCCCACCAGGUCCGUGUGUUGUGCCAUGUGUUCGCCAGGGCUGUGGCCCUGGUGGUCCUCCCAGCUGUUCUGUAUUUACUAUGCUUCUACGUCCACCUGACACUGCUCUACCGCUCUGGGCCCCACGACAGGAUCAUGUCAAGCGCCUUCCAGGCCAGCUUGGAGGGAGGACUGGCCCGCAUCACCCAAGGCCAGCCCCUGGAGGUGGCCUUCGGCUCCCAAGUCACCCUCAAGAAUGUCUUCGGCAAGCCCCUGCCUUGCUGGCUCCACUCGCACCAGAACACCUACCCCAUAAUUUAUGAGAACGGCCGUGGCAGCUCCCACCAGCAGCAGGUGACCUGCUACCCCUUCAAGGACAUCAACAACUGGUGGGUCAUCAAGGACCCCGAGAGGCACCAGCUGGUGGUGAGCAACCCGCCCAAGCCCGUGCGGCACGGGGACGUGGUCCAGCUGGUCCACGGCAUGACCACACGCUUCCUCAACACGCACGACGUGGCCGCCCCACUGAGCCUCCACGCUCAGGAGGUAUCCUGCUAUGUGGACUACAACAUCUCCAUGCCCGCCCAGAACCUCUGGAGGCUGGCGGUGCUGAGUCCAGGGAACUGUGGGCUCCUCCAGCCUCCUGCCAGCUGCAGCGGCUCCUCUCUCCUCUGGAGGCUGGACAUCGUGAACAGGCAGUCGGACAGGGACACCUGGAAGACUAUCCUGUCAACCGUGCGCUUUGUGCACCUGAACACGUCUGCCGUGCUCAAGCUGAGUGGGGCACACCUGCCUGAGUGGGGCUUCCGGCAGCUGGAGGUGGUGGGCGAGAAGCUGUCGAGGGGCCAGCAUGAGAGCAUGGCGUGGAACGUGGAGGAGCACCACUACCGCACCAGCCAGGAGCAGCGGGGCCAGGAGCUAGAGCUGCACACACCCAUGAAGGCGAACUUCAGCCUGAACCUCAGCUUCAUGGCCAGAUUCUUGGAGCUGCAGUGGAGAAUGCUGACGCUGCAGAGCGAGGAGGCAGAGCACAGGUACAGCUCCACGCCGCUGGACUGGGUCACGCUGGACAGCAACAUCCCCUACUGGCUCAACCCCCGGAGCAGUGCUCAGAUCCACUUGCUUGGGAACCUUGUGAUCUGGGCCUCAGCCAGCAUGGCCACGGCCACUUACGUGCUGCUCUUCCUGUGGUACCUGCUCAGGCGGCAGAGGGACAUCCACGACCUCCCUGAGGAUGUGUGGCAGCGCUGGGUGCUGGCCGGGGCGCUGUGCGGCGGUGGCUGGGCCGUGAACUACCUGCCCUUCUUCCUGAUGGAGAAGACGCUGUUCCUUUACCACUACCUGCCUGCGCUUGCCUUCCAGCUGCUGCUGCUGCCUCUUGUCCUGCAGCACACCUGGGACCAUCUGUGCCGGACCCAGGUGCAGCGAGGUGUCUUCAGUGCCCUAGUGGUCACCUGGUACUCUGCCGCCUGCCACGUGUCCAACAUGCUGCGCCCACUCACCUAUGGGGACAGACCGCUGUCCCCAGGGGAGCUCCUGGCCCUGCACUGGAGAGACAGCUGGGACAUCCUGAUCCAAAAACCCUAGGAUGGGGGCUCAGUGUGGGGGUAGGGCCAGCUGCCAGCCCCUUGGCAACCCAUGCCCCUUCCUGAGCACAAGACCCCUGCCUAGGUGCGACCUCAGGGUGUAUCUGGGCCUCCUUCUCCAAACAGGUCUCUCUCGGGGCCUUGCGGCUGAAUCCAUCCACCAUUUCCAACACAAGCUGUUGCCUGUCCCCUCGGCCUGCAGCCAGCAUGGGGCCCUGCCUGACGCAGAGCCAGGGCCUCCCUCAGCUGUGGGCUGAGUCCUCAGGCCCAGACUGGCCUGAGCAGGCCUCAGGGGGUCCAGCAGACCUGUCCUUACAGGCACCUGAGGCUGUCACUUCCGAAGUCUUACCAUGGGGUUCCACCUUCACCUGCAGCCCUGGGGUCUGGCUUACCUGGACACUGUCACCAUCCCCGCCUUUUAAAAAUGUAAAUAACAAGGGACAACCUGGC